GGGGCGGGGGCGGGGCAGCGGCCAUGGGUCUUGCCGGCCCGCGGCGGGCGCAGACAGCCGCGGGCGCGGGACGUGCACCAUGGCUCGGGGCUCGCUGCGCCCGUUGCUGCUGUUCCUCGUGCUGGGGCUCCGGCUGGCGUUGCUGCGCGCCGUGGCCGGAGAGUGGGCGCCAGACACCGCCCCCUGCUCCCGCGGCAGUUCCUGGAGCGCGGACCUGGACAAGUGCAUGGACUGCGCGUCGUGCCGGGCGCGACCGCACAGCGACUUCUGCCUGGGCUGCGCUGCGACACCUCCGACCCCCUUCCGGCUGCUUUGGCCCAUCCUGGGGGGCGCUCUGAGUCUGACCUUCGUGCUGGGGCUGCUUUCUGGCUUCCUGGUCUGGAGACGAUGCCGCAGGAGAGAGAAGUUCACCACCCCCAUAGAGGAGACCGGUGGAGAUGGCUGCCCGGCCGUGGCCCUGAUCCAGUGACAGUGCGCCCCCUGCCAACCGGGGCUCGCCUACUCAUCAUUCAUUCAUCCAUCUAGAGCCAGUCUCUGCCUCCCAGACGUGGCAGUAGCCACUCCAGCCACAGGGGGGUGGGGGGUGGUGAAUCACCUCUGAGGCCUGGGCUCCUGCAGGGUUCAGGGGAGCCUUCCAAGGUGUCUGGUUGCCCUGCUUCUGGCCUCAGAACAGAAAGGGAGCCUUAAGCUGGCUCACACAAACAGCUGACACUGACUAAGGAACUGCAGCAUUUGCACAAGGAGGUAUCCUCCUCCCUAGAGGCCCUGGGGGCUAGGCUGACUUGGGGGACAGACACUAGGCCCCACUCACUCAGACGUCCUGAAAUUUCACCACAGGGGUCACCAGCCUGGGGGGUUAGGGACCUAUUUUUAACACUAGGGGGCUGGCCCACUAGGAGGGCUGGCCCUAAGAUACAGACCCCCCCAACUCCCUAAAGAGGGGAGGAGAUAUUUAUUUUGGGGAGAGUUCGGAGGGGAGGGAGAAUUUAUUAAUAAAGGAAUCUUUAACUUUAAA